CGGGUCGGUUUCAGUUACAUGAAUUUACACGUUGCUCUCAGUCGUUUCUGGUUGUUUGUAGUUCGCUUUUAAACACUUUAUUAUGGAUUGUAACAUGUAAAGUGUAAAGUAUUCACCCGAUAGUUAUUUCAAUAUCAUGUGCAUCUUUAAGUAGUAGCUUUACGUCUCUGCCAGUGUAAUAGAUGAUUGCUAUGGUGUGUUCUCGCCAGAUCAUCUAUCAGAAAUACGUUUCUUCCUCUCAUGGCUCAGAUCUGGACUGCUGUGUGUGCUGUUCUGCCCGCGACAGUGGCAGAGUUUCCUUUUGGUUUCAGUGAGAAGAUUGAAGGAAGUGUGUUGAAGGUUCUUGAACUGUCCAGAGAUCAGCUGUACAGUGCACCAGAUUGCCCAGUUUCUGCUGAAAGAGCUCAGAUCAUUAUAGAUUACUCCUGGGAGAAGCUUAACACAGGGACAUGGAGAGAUGUGGACAAAGAGUGGAGAAGGGUUUACUCAUAUGGCUGCUUAUUCAAAGUCUUAAGUUUAUGUCAUGGUAGUGCAUCUCAAGCCAACAUUCAAGAGGCCAUUCAGACAUGCGAUAUGGGUUUGUUAAUGGGGGCAGCCAUCAUGGACAAUAUUCUGCAAAGACUUGUAGGUAUUUUAAGGAAUAACAUGAAAAUGAAGAAUCCUAACAAAGGGGAGAAGAGUGAAGAACCCUGUUCAAAGAAAAUGAAACCGGAUUGUUUGUUCGAGCCUGUAAUAAAUCCGGCACAAGCUGUGCCUAGGAUUCAGUGUCCAUCUAUGGAGCGCUUCAGAUCAGAUUUCCUGGAUCCUCAAAAGCCUGUCAUUAUUGAGGGAAUAAUUGACCACUGGCCAGCCUUCACAGAGCAUCCAUGGAGCAUAGACUACUUGAGAACUGUCGCUGGCUGUCGGACGGUGCCUAUUGAAGUGGGAUCUAAGUACACAGAUGAAGAGUGGUCACAGAAGCUCAUUACAGUGAAUGAGUUCAUAGAGCGCUACGUUCUGGGGGAGGAAGGAGUGGGUUAUCUGGCUCAGCAUCAGUUGUUUGAUCAGGUUCCAGAGUUGAAAGAAGAUAUCCGUAUCCCUGAUUACUGUUGUCUUGGAGAGGGUGAUGAAGAUGAAAUUACAAUUAACGCCUGGUUUGGGCCUGGGGGCACAGUGUCUCCUCUCCAUCAGGAUCCUCAACAAAACUUUUUGGCACAGGUGGUUGGAAGAAAAUAUAUCCGCCUCUACAGUCCAGAUGAAACGAAUACAUUGUAUCCACAUCAGUCCCAGCUUCUACAUAACACCAGUCAGGUAGAGGUGGAGAAUCCAGACCUGGAAAAGUUCCCAGACUUCCCUAAAGCAUCAUAUCAGGAGUGUGUGCUCCAACCUGGAGAUGUGCUCUUUAUCCCAGUUCAGCACUGGCAUUAUGUGCGCUCUCUCAAGCUCAGCUUUUCUGUUAGUUUCUGGUGGUCUUGAUAUUUAUACAGAAUAAAACAGCACGCUCAAAUUUGUUAUAAGUACAAAUCUUAAAUAUUCAAUCUGAAGGUUUAAGGUUAAUUUCAGGUAUGAUUGAUAUGAUGGUAAUUGCUUAAAUUGACAUAAAUACAUGUUAAUCUUUAAAUGUUUAACAUGCAAUAACUAAUCUCACUAAUAUUAAAUUAUGUGAACAGCAUGGAGAUAUACGGCAGUCUUCAAUACAAAUAUAGAACAUUUAAAACUUUGCUCUCUAACAGCUUGAAGAACUUUAUCAUUUCUAAGCAAUCUAUACUUGAAUCUUUCACAAUAGCCCUUUACAAAGAAGUACUGUAUGAAUGAGAUUUCUUUGAAUGAGAACCUCCACCAUUUAUCUUAGAGGUAGUACAAGAUAUGCUGAACGUUUAACACUACAAAUGGUCCAGUACAAGACCGCAAGAAACCAUUUUAUCUAUACAAACAGUUUGAUAUAGAAUCAAAAUCCCACCAAAAACAAUGAAUGAGAAAUUAGAAUCAAAAUCCCACCAAAAACAAUGAAUGAGAAAUUAGAAUCAAACUUAAUAAAUUACAAUUCUUCUAUACUAGAAAAUAUAGUAAAAAAAUCUCUAACAGAGUGCACUUGAAUACUCCUCAUAAUGAGUAAAAAGCCCAGCUGCUGAUCUAUGCUUUGAGAUUAGGACCUUCUGGACCGCCGUGUUGCUGAUGUGGAUGGUGUGGGAGUGGCGUUCCCAUUGACUGAUGAAGAUGGGCCUUGUGAACUCUGAGACAGGAUGAUGUAUUUCUGCAAAAAUAAAGGACAUGUCAGGGAACACAAAACCUUUUGAAAUUAUUUUUGGCAGCAAUUUUGUUUUCUUACACAUCUAGGAUCAGUGGAGUAAUCUUAGUGAUAAAACAAUUCACCAGGAAUCUCAUGAGGACAGAAUUAAUUGCAUGAGGGGCAAUGAGGGUCACUGCGUCCUUUAAAAUAUCUAGCAACACACGGGAGGUGCAUCUUGAUUCUACAUGUCAGGUUGUCACAUUUGGCACUGAAUGUACUUUUUUUUUAACAGUCUGCAGUUUCCCAUGCGAAAAUAUACAGUUCUUCUCAUUAAUGUACAACCCCUUGCAGAUCUAAAAAAAAAAGUUUAUAAUUUAAGAAAAAAAUAAUCACAGGGACUGUGAAAAUAGAUACUUGAUUAGUACUGUCCAGAUGAUAUUAUUUGAUAUCCUGUACCAUAUAUUUCACAAAAUAAUUGACUGAAAUUAUACAAAUUAUCCUGUUCAAAAGUGUAUAUACCCUUGGUUUUUAAUAUCAUGUGUUGUUUCCUCAAGU